AUGAAUCUGAAAGGGUACAUUAACAAUGACAUUUUAGUCGAGAGUCUCGGAUCUUGUUAUGUGUACCUUCAUUAUGUCAAGCAAACAUACAAAGUUUCAUGUGUGGCAGACAGCAAAGAUUACAUGAUCCUGGGCAGCCACCAAACAUUACUAAUGGUGUAUGUUAGCUUCCCGGGGACUCAGCAGCCAGCGGUCAAGGCCAAAAGGACACGUCCAUAAAAACCAUUACUGACAAGCCUGCGAAACCCCCUGCAGAACCAGUUUUUCCAGUAGUACAAGAAUGUACAGACAAGAACAUAACCUUAUCUGAUAGUAUUCAGUUGAAGGAAGAUUACAAACCUGUCAGCAUCCCCCUCGUCAGGUAGCAGUGAGCCUUAAACCAGCUUACAAAGUAGAGUUAAAGAGACCGGUAGAACUUAAAGUAAUUAAAGAAGUCCAAGAGUACACUGAAUGGAUCAAUUCAAUUGUUCCUGUGAAGAAACCUGAUGGUUUCUGA